AUGUCGUCGAUCCCGUCAGUCAUCACACGAGGGGUCGGAGCGUCUAAACGUGGAUGUUUUAGGGAAGAUCGGCCCUCGUUUUUAAUUGAUCUAGAAGCUGCAGUUUUCACGCUCACGGCUGUAUCGCUCUGCACAGGCGCUCCCUGUGUGGAUCUGUCAGGCACAGGUGCUCCCUGUGUGGAUCUGGCGGGCACAGGUGCUCCCUGUGUGGAUCUGGCAGGCACAGGUGCUCCCUGUGUGGAUCUGGCAGGCGCUCCCUGUGUGGAUCUGACGGGCACAGGCGCUCUCUGUGUGGAUCUGUCAGGCACAGGUGCUCUCUGUGUGGAUCUGGCAGGUACAGGCGCUCCCUGUGUGGAUCUGUCAGGCACAGGUGCUCUCUGUGUGGAUCUGUCAGGCACAGGCGCUCUCUGUGUGGAUCUGGCAGGUACAGGCGCUCCCUGUGUGGAUCUGGCAGGCACAGGCGCUCUCUGUGUGGAUCUGUCGGACACAGGUGCUCCCUGUGUGGAUCUGGCAGGCGCUCCCUGUGUGGAUCUGGCAGGCACAGGUGCUCCCUGUGUGGAUCUGGCAGGCGCUCCCUGUGUGGAUCUGACGGGCACAGGCGCUCUCUGUGUGGAUCUGUCAGGCACAGGCGCUCUCUGUGUGGAUCUGGCAGGUACAGGCGCUCCCUGUGUGGAUCUGUCAGGCACAGGCGCUCUCUGUGUGGAUCUGUCAGGCACAGGCGCUCUCUGUGUGGAUCUGGCAGGUACAGGCGCUCUCUGUGUGGAUCUGUCGGACACAGGUGCUCCCUGUGUGGAUCUGGCAGGCGCUCCCUGUGUGGAUCUGGCAGGUACAGGCACUCCCUGUGUGGAUCUGGCGGGCACAGGUGCUCCCUGUGUGGAUCUGGCAGGCACAGGUGCUCCCUGUGUGGAUCUGGCAGGCGCUCCCUGUGUGGAUCUGACGGGCACAGGCGCUCUCUGUGUGGAUCUGUCAGGCACAGGUGCUCUCUGUGUGGAUCUGGCAGGUACAGGCGCUCCCUGUGUGGAUCUGUCAGGCACAGGUGCUCUCUGUGUGGAUCUGGCAGGCACAGGCGCUCCCUGUGUACAGGCACUCCCUGUGUUGGUGACGGGCACAGGUGCUCCCUCUGAGGAUCUGGCAGGUACAGGCGCUCCCUGUGUGGUGGCGGGCACAGGUGCUCCCUUUGAGGAUCUGGCAGGCACAGGUGCUCCCUGUGUGGAUCUGGCAGGCGCUCCCUGUGUGGAUCUGACGGGCACAGGCGCUCUCUGUGUGGAUCUGUCAGGCACAGGCGCUCUCUGUGUGGAUCUGGCAGGUACAGGCGCUCCCUGUGUGGAUCUGUCAGGCACAGGCGCUCUCUGUGUGGAUCUGUCAGGCACAGGCGCUCUCUGUGUGGAUCUGGCAGGUACAGGCGCUCUCUGUGUGGAUCUGUCGGACACAGGUGCUCCCUGUGUGGAUCUGGCAGGCACAGGCGCUCUCUGUGUGGAUCUGGCGGGCACAGGCGCUCCCUGUGUGGAUCUGGCAGGCACAGGCACUCUCUGUGUGGAUCUGUCGGACACAGGUGCUCCCUGUGUGGAUCUGGCAGGCACAGGCGCUCCCUGUGUGGAUCUGACGGGCACAGGCGCUCUCUGUGUGGAUCUGUUAGGCACAGGCGCUCUCUGUGUGGAUCUGGCAGGCACAGGCGCUCCCUGUGUGGAUCUGGCAGGCACAGGCGCUCUCUGUGUGGAUCUGUUGGACACAGGUGCUCCCUGUGUGGAUCUGGCAGGCGCUCCCUGUGUGGAUCUGACGGGCACAGGCGCUCUCUGUGUGGAUCUGUUAGGCACAGGCGCUCUCUGUGUGGAUCUGGCGGGCACAGGCGCUCCCUGUGUGGAUCUGGCAGGCACAGGCGCUCUCUGUGUGGAUCUGUUGGACACAGGUGCUCCCUGUGUGGAUCUGGCAGGCACAGGUGCUCCCUUUGAGGAUCUGGCAGGCAUAGGCGCUCCCUGUGUGGAUCUGUCAGGUACAGGCGCUCCCUGUGUGGAUGUUGCUCCUGCCUCUUCUGUUUCCCCCGACUCCUCUGAGAACGGGCUCCAUGCGGGCAGCAGUGUGUUUCUCCUCACUCACCCCACAGUGCAACAAGCCUGCCAUUGA